AUGUCCUCUACCGAAUUACCAACAAAAAAUUUCCGUGUAUUCAAAGGUCAUAUCGGGCCUGUGCAUGUUGUGCGCUAUGAUUCUUCAGGGGAAUAUGUUCUUACCGGAGGUCAAGAUCGUACUUUGAAGUUAUGGAACCCUGAGACUGGUCUCGCGAUAAAAACUUACGAGGGUCACGGAAAAGAAGUUUUGGGUGUCUCCAUAACUCAAGAUCAUUCAAAAUUUGUUUCUUGUGGUGGUGACCGACAAGUAUUUCUGUUUGAUGUGACAACAGCAAAAACAAUAAGGCGUUUUGAAGGACAUCAACAUCGAGUCAACACUGUAGAUUUUAACCGAGAUGGAACGGUGGUUUUAAGUGGCUCUUAUGAUUCAACCGUUCGUAUAUGGGAUUGCAGAUCUGUUGAUGGCAAUAUACGAAUAUACGAUCUUCGAGUGGGUGCACUUUUGACGGAUCUAAUUUCACAGCCAGUUACCUCGGUUUGUUUUUCCGGAGACGGUAAUUGCGUUCUUGCUAGUUCUUUGGAUGAUACUAUUCGAUUGAUGGAUAAAGAUAAUGGCGGCUUGUUGAAUAGUUUCAAAGGACAUAAAAACACACAGUACAAAAUACAAUCGUGUUUAUCGAAUUAUGACAUGCAUGUGAUUAGUGGUUCGGAAGAUGGAAAUAUUUGUAUAUGGGACUUAUUGGAGGGUAAAUUAUUAUCAACAAUACAUCAAGCACAUGAAAAUGUAGUCACUUGUGUCGCUUAUAAUCCGAAGCAGCCAAUUAUGAUUUCUACGAGUGUAGAUGGGACCGCAAAGGUUUGGAAAACACCAUCACAAGUCUAA